AUGGAUAAAUGGUUGGAUAAACAGUUGGAGAUGAUGGUUCUUGGUGGUAAUAAGAAUGCUCGUGAGUUCUUUGCUAAACAUGGCGUUCAGAUGGAUAGUUUGGACAUAAAAUCAAAGUAUCAUUCCAAGGGUUGUGCACUUUAUCGUGAGAAGUUGUCUACGAUGGCUGAUCAGAAGGUAUGGAAGGAGCCUGAGGAUCGUACACCAGAGCCUUCGCCAUCUCCAACAUCAAGGUCCAGGACAUCCUCAUCUCCAGCGCCAAAGAAGAAUUCAAAGGCAUUGGAGGAUUGGGAUGAUUGGGACAAGAGUCUAGACAACAACAAACCAAAGAUAUCGACUUCAACCUCAUCAAUGACGAGACCAUCCAUGGCUAGGGAGCGUGCAGAUACUUCGCCAAGCACCACCAGCGCUCCAACAAAGUACACCCAAAGUAAAUCGCAUUAUAGUUCGUCUUCCGACACAUCACCAACUCACGAGAGAAGUGCCCCGCCAUCUGACGAUCGAAUCAAGAAGUUUGGUAACGCCAAAUCAAUAUCAAGUGCCGACUACUAUGGUGAGAACAACCAAUCUGGACGCACCAACAAUCAAUCCUCCAACACCAGUGGAUAUUAUAACUACGGAAUGUCACUACUUGGAGAGGGAUACAACAAGUUGACAAACGUUGCAAGUACUGUUACAAACAAGUACAACGAUGGUACAUUGUUGACAGAGGCAUCAAGUAUGGUAACAACAUAUAUUCAAAGAGCUAAAGAGAUUGUUCAUAGUCCAGUUCAUACAUCAAAGACCCAGGACACUAAGUUGCCAUCAUGGACGAGUAGCAACAACACUAGAGAUGAAGAGAGACCAACCAGAACGAACGAAGACAACAAUCAAUCUUUUGAGGGAUGGAAAUCACACAGUGAUGACGAAGAUAAUGAUAAUGACAAUGACAAUUAUCAAUCCGAUGAUGAAUCAAACAAGAACAAAAACCUCAAACGUAAUCAUGUUGAGGAUGAAGCGGAAGAGGAAGAAGAUGAACCUCAAUGGUCCUUUGGAUCAUCCAAGGAUAAGUCCAACACGCAUGGAACAAGUGGCAAUGUAUCCAAUGCUCACAAAUCAAUGGCCAGCACGAGCAAGUCCAAGUCCCAGUGGGAGGGGUGGGACGAGUAA